GCAGGGCGCCCCCGCCAGGUACCCGCCCUGCCGGCUGCGAUGCCGCGCGCCGCCGCCCCGCGCCCCGGGGACAGCUGAGCCCCCGCCGCCACGCAGAUCAGCGAUCAAAAUUUUGAAGGAAGACCAUAAACUUUCUGAUGGUGGUGGUAACCAUGGCAGCGGAUGAUAAAGUUGCUAUCUUGACGGAUGAUGAAGAGGAACAGAAGAGAAAAUAUGUGCUUGCUGAUCCCUUCAAUGGUAUUUCCAGGGAACCAGAACCACUUUCAAAUGAAACACCCUCCUCCACAGAAACAUCUGCUAUUCCGGAGGAGGAAAUAGACUGGAUAGAGAAACAUUGUGUGAAAAUAAACAACGAUCUUCUAAUUUCCAAAGUUUUUUAUUUUUUCUUUUACUCUGCCUAUGGCUCUCUUUACCCACUUCUGCCUGUAUAUUAUAAACAGCUGGGAAUGUCACCAAGCCAGAGCGGACUUCUCGUAGGUAUCCGGUACUUCAUUGAAUUCUGUAGUGCUCCUUUUUGGGGGGUGGUUGCAGAUCGCUUCAAAAAAGGCAAAAUUGUCCUCCUCUUUUCUCUUUUGUGUUGGGUUUUAUUCAACCUGGGCAUCGGAUUUGUCAAACCCGCUACCUUGAGAUGUGUACCAAAGAUCGCCCCAACGACUCACCCCACCAACGCAAGUCACCUGUCAACCAUCCUGCCAGCGAAUUCCUCUGUGCUGCCUUUCCUUAACACAUCACCAAAAAUGCGUGAGAAAAGGAACCUGCCUAGUUUCGAUUGGCCACCAACUUUACAAACGGGGCUUGAUAACCCAGAGGUAGAUAUCUUUGCAAUGCCUUCAGCCAGGACCACUGAACCCAGUCUGCAGCCCCAGACAGGUGAAAUGACUGACCAUGUUAUGGACUUGAUCUUGAACACGAGCACAGUAACCUCCGUCCCCACAGGAAAUGUAACCAGGGAGACAACCACGGCUGUUGUCACCACCACCAAAUCUUUACCUUCUGCUCAAGUCACUCUUGUUUAUGACCAACAGGAAGUGGAAGCUAUAUUCUUGGUGAUCUUAGUAGUUGUCAUAAUAGGAGAAUUUUUCAGUGCUUCUUCUGUCACAAUUGUAGACACGGUGACGCUCCAGUAUCUGGGGAAACACAGAGACCGCUAUGGACUGCAGCGCAUGUGGGGGUCCCUGGGCUGGGGCCUGGCCAUGCUGUCGGUGGGCAUUGGCAUCGACUAUACCCACAUAGAAGUGCUGAUCGAUGGAAAGGGCUGUAAGCCCCCAGAGUACCGGAACUACCAGAUCGUCUUCAUCGUCUUUGGAGUUCUCAUGACCAUGGCCUUGAUUGUGGCUACUCAGUUCCGGUUCCGCUACAGCCACUUCAAAAACAAUGAUAACAGAGGAAAAGAGGUAGAGAUCCCUCAGGUGGAAAGGAAUGCCUCCACGGAGUCUUCUGAGGAGACACCGUCUGCCACAAGCCACUCACAGACCUUCAACUUUUGGGACCUAAUCAAACUGCUGUGCAGUGUGCAGUAUGGCUCCGUGUUGUUCGUGGCUUGGUUCAUGGGUUUUGGCUAUGGCUUCGUGUUCACUUUUCUGUACUGGCAUUUGGAAGAUUUGAAUGGAACCACAACCCUCUUUGGGGUCUGUUCAGUCCUGAGCCACGUGUCAGAGCUGACAGCAUAUUUUUUUAGUCACAAGCUUAUCGAAUUGAUUGGCCACAUCAGGGUUCUGUAUAUUGGCUUGGCCUGCAAUACAGCUCGCUAUAUUUAUAUUUCCUACCUGGAAAAUGCCUGGACUGUGCUCCCCAUGGAAGUUCUUCAAGGGGUGACCCACGCGGCCAUCUGGGCGGCCUGCAUUUCGUACCUCAGUGCGGCUGUGCCCCCCGAGCUGCGGACGUCUGCUCAGGGCAUCCUGCAGGGCCUGCACCUGGGCCUGGGACGAGGCUGUGGCGCCAUGAUCGGAGGCCUGCUAGUCAACUACUUCGGGGCUGCUGCAACCUUCCGGGGAAUUGGCAUGGCCUGCCUGGUGAUCCUCCUGCUCUUUGCCCUGAUCCAGUGGCUGGCGGUGCCAGAUGAGGAGGAAGACAAAACAAUGUUGGCAGAAAGGAUUCCUGUUCCCUCCAGUCCUGUUCCCAUAGCAACCAUCGACUUGGUACAGCAACAGACAGAAGAUGUCAUGCCACGCGUUGAGCCCAGACUUCCCCCCAAGAAAACCAAGCACCAGGAAGAACAGGAAGAUGUGAACAAACCAGCUUGGGGGGUCAGCUCUUCUCCCUGGGUGACCUUCGUCUAUGCACUGUACCAAAUUAAAGAGAUGAUGCAGUUGGCAAGAGAAAACCGAGCUUCUGAGAUCCAGCCUUUACAGGUGACCAGUGAGAAUCAGGAAAGUGCCCCAGCAGGUGCAGCCCGGCAUGUUCCUCGCGAGCCCCACUCUGACCCACCUAGAAGCCAGCCAUCCCCUGCUGCAGCAGCAUCUUGGCUGCAGACCAGCCCUGCCCACCCUGGUGGGGACCCCAGCGGGGACACCGAGGAGCCUUGGGCUCAGCCCACUGCGGAAGGACCCUGAGGGCAACCUGCUCAUCCCAUGCCUGCAUGGAACCGGGCUCCUUGGCUGGGACAGAAGGCGCGGCCCCAACCUGAACACACUGCAUAUGCUUCUCAAUCUCUAAACUCGUUAACGUGACCCGCACACACACACCUGAGCCACAGCACACACAUCCCGGCGGAGGGCAGAAGGGAGACGAUCAGCAAGGAUCUAGGCUGGGCUGGAUGGGCAGCAAGGUGCGAACCCCAGUGGCACCAAGUGCAGGGAACACUCGUGUUCGUCUCUGCGUGAAUUUCCCUCUUCUGGUUAUUUAUUCUAAUUACUGGCUUCUUCAUGCAAACGGGGAAGGAUCAGAGUAGAUCUAUAAUUUUGCUUCUCUUGAAGAGAACCAUUUAAAAAUUAUAAACAUAUUUAAAAAGUAACCAGGUGAAAGUUAGUAGAUGCUUUUUGUUUUGAAAAAAGCUAAUGUUUCGUUAUAAACCCUGCAUAUCCCUAGCAAAUAUAUUUUUAUAUAUGUAUGGUAUAUAAUGAAAAUAGUCAUACUGAGCAGCAACAGCUGUUACCAACUACUGCAAGCUAAGCUGAGCUUUAAAAAUGCCUUUUGUUUUAAACUGGAUUUCAGAAUGACUAGAAAAGAGGAAUUAUUUUUAGAAAAAAGAAAAAAGUAAAAACCAACCAAUUCAGUAUCCUGCAGCUUGACGGAGAAGGGUUUACAGAGUAUGGUGAUACUGUAAUAGCCUUGAUCACUAUUUGCUGUUUUAUAGUGAUUUGGGCUCUACUUAGUUGAUGGAAUAAAACAAAAAUCACUAAGUUCCAAAGGGUUCCUUUACUUAAGCAGUACUAUUUACAAAGAACAGUAUAAGAUUUAAGUGCCUGGGGGAACCAUAUGAUUUUUUAAAAUUCUGUAAUGGGUCAGUUUUGUUUGUGAGGUGGUAAAUAGGCAACCAGGCAUGGGAAGGAUGGGAAUAAGUACUUUCUAAUGACUGAAGAAAUAAAUCUCAGUAUAUUCUUUCCUAAGAAGAUGCUGUCGGACACUGGACAGUUUGGAUUCGGGUACGGAGCUUGCAUAUUACAACUGCAGUCAGAACAGUGGCUGGGUGAAUCACAUGGAAAGCUUGCUGCUAAGAGUGAAAGGGGAGGUUAAGGGGAGGCAUGGGGAGGGCCGUGGAAAAGGAAUCGCUGCUUUAGCUGAAUGAAGGUCAAUGGUACCAUGCAUAAUAGCUGUGGAGGAGCCUAAAACAGAGGAAGAGCAGUCAGAAAUGAGCAACUCACUUUAGCCUCUGGCCAUGCUUAGACGAGAUCAGUUGUAAAGAGAGGCUUGUCCAUGACAGCUCCCCUGGAUACUGCAUCUGGGAGAAAUCCUAUGCUUGCUUGGAUAUCUGGCUUCACCACAAAACACAGCCUACAGAUAAAGUAACUGAAAGAAAAGAAUUAAGCAAAUAGUUAUUUUUGCACUUGAACUGAAACGUACUGUACUGUAAAUUAUCGUGACUCAUUUUAAGUGACCUUUAAAAUCAGAUGUAUUUAUUAUCCUUGUGUAAUUACUGAAAUAAAGUAGUGGGUGAUGGGCUGAACCUCACCUGUGAAUGUACAGUAUGUGACUCUGUGAAGCUGACUGUAGGAAGUCAAAACUUCAUAUUUUAUCUUGUGUUUACAAUUCUCUGAAAAGCCUGCUGUUUUGGAAAUGCACAGUGGACAUGUUGAAAUAAAAAUAAAUGCCAUUUUAAAAUA